AUGCGACUACAUCUGGAAACAACAGUGCGACACAAAACCCUAAGUCGUGAGCGAUGCGGGGCGUCCGGUUCAGAAUUCGAGGACCUCAUUGAAACAAUCAGCGAGCUAAAAGGCAAGAUUUUAAGCUGUCUUGAGAAACUCAACCUACUCUGUAGCCAAUUCAUGCAAGCCACUCCAGGUACAAGAGAAGGACAGAUUGCAGGUGCACGCAUGUCGAAGAUAGCCGCAAAUAUGCAAAGGCAGAUUCAGCAGAUCGGUACACACUACGGUUGGGUGCUAGCAUCAGACCAUGCACUCGUGGACGAAGUUCUUCGUUCACACUUUGUGAGGACAGUUGAUAGCAGGAGAUGGUUGAAGAAUGCUGUUGAGAACUUCAAAGCCGCACAUCUUCUUUUGGGGGAUAGCGCACGACGAGCUCUCUAA